GUUCAAAGAGAGAGAAAAGGAAAAAAGAAGCCUGAAAAAGGUCAAGGAAUCCGGCCAUACCCAAUUACCAAUUACCCCCGCCGUUUGUUAUUUGUUAUCUUCGCGCGUCUCCAAAUUUUUUCUUUCCCCUUUUCAUCAUUUGGUUGUACACUCCGAACAUGUGAGCGGAGAAUCCCAAAUUACUCUCAAAAUAUGGACUCUCCUCUGCUACAGCGCUACCGUCGCGAUCGCCGGAAGCUCCUUAACUUCAUAGUCUCUUCAGAGCUGAUCACGGAUAUUCGAAAGUUUCCUGGUUCCGUCAUCGAUUUCGAUGUUAUCAGCGCCGAUUAUGUCCUCGAAUGCAUAAAAUCCGGUGAAUAUAAGGAUGCUAUUCUACCUCCUAGGACGUAUGGUUAUAAAGGGGGAGAGAGCAGUGAAUUUAAAGUUGAAGACGGUUGUUGAACCAACUUAUAUGUCAUGUAUUUAGUAAAUGGUUCACAUAAAGAAAAUUUGAUGCUUUCAAUAAUUGCAUACGGUCAAUACGUUUACACUCCCGAAGCGUGUAGACACCAAAACAUCUCAUCCAAACUUGAAAAUUCUAGAAACAUAUUUCAAUGCAUG